AGUACUGAUGCAUUAUCAGUCGAUACGUACAUGGACCUCGAACCCACUCAAACAAUAGCCGUUCUGUCGCAGCUGGCCGAAAAUUCUACCACCGGGCUGCUCCAGUCCAUACCGGAUGAUGAUCCACCGCUGAUCAAGUUCCGUGCCCUGCAGUGCGCAUUAUUUAGCACCUGCUUCGUGGAGAUCCUUGGGGGUGUGUUCUUCCUGAUUACAGCGAUAUACAUCGAUCGGGAUAGGGCACGGGUAGAGGCUGUUGUACUAGAACUAAUGCUGCGAAUCGAAGACUGUUCGAACCGCGACCACGGCUGAAGAGAUGUCCAAUUCAAACACUGUGUACGUCAACUUUCAACUUCAACGUUCAACUUUCAACAUUCAUACAGACAGCGCCUACUAGAUUUCCAACCUCCUGAUUUUCUCGAAGCUCCUGUUAAUGUGUUACAACAUAUUGCAAGGGCGUGUGAGUGUUUAGCGUGAAUGUGCAACCAGUUAGGUCUUACAGUAUGAUAAUGAAAUUAAAAUAGGGAACGCGCAGAAGAACAUAAA